AUGCCAUCAAAACCUUAUAGAGGUGAAUAUGUUGUAACAAAUAUUUAUAAAAUUAAUACAUGUAUAAUGGGUAAAACUUUUAGUUCUAUGCAACUUGGUGUAUUUUGUUAUCUUUUUGAUGAAAAAAAUUUUUUGGAUAAAUUUAAAAAUAGAAAAGAUAAAGCAGGUGAUAGACAUAUUUGUAAAGAUAAUAAUAGAUAUCGUCAUAUGGAUAAAGUAAUUCAAAAAUUUAGUUAUGGUAAUAAUUCAAUAUAUUUUAAUACUUGGAAAAAUUUAUUAAUUGUUAGAGAACCUAUAAGUAGAUUCAUAAGUGGAUUUGUACAAUUAUGUGUUCUUAAAAUUGGAUUACCUUUUAAUCAUCCAUAUUGCUUUGGAUGUGAAAAAAAUAUGCAUUGCUUUUUGACACAUUUAUAUAAUGAUAUUCGUAAAGUUGAAGAAAGUAAAAAAAAACCUGUCUAUUUUAUUAAAUAUCAUUUUUAUCCUCAAACAUGGCAAUGCGAAUACAAUUUGUACAAAGAUAAAUAUACAAUUAUUAAAUAUGACUCCAUUGAAAAGAAAAAAUUUUAUAAGAAAUAUCUUGAAGAACUUGAAAAUUUUAAUGUACCAAAAGAUAAGAUAAAAUUUAUAAAAAAAAUUUUACUAACAACAAAAAUUUCUCACUCAACAUUUGACAAAACAGAAACUAAAAAGUAUAUAAAAACUCUUUACAAAAGUCCAAAAUUAUUAAAGUUAAUUUCAAAAAUUUUCUAUGAUGAUUAUAAGGAAUUUGAUUUUCCACUACCAUUGAUAAAUGAUUUGAAAUAA